AUGACCCUCACCUCCAACAUCGUCAAGGGCAACGACGACGGCAAGAAGGCCACUGCCAAGCUUCCUACUACCAUCAUGCCCUCUGCCCGCGCUGUAGCCAAGUGGAUUCAUCCCGCUUCCACUUGCGCCUGCGCGUCCAAGCUGAACCAGCCCCUCCGCGUCAAGCGCCUCGGCCCCGAGGCCAUCAUCCCCACGCGCGGCUCCGCCUCCGCCGCCGGCUUUGACCUGUACGCCUCGCGCGAGUCCACCGUCCCCGCCCGCGGAAAGGCCAUGGUAGACACGGACAUUUCGAUCGCCCUUCCCGAGGGCACGUAUGGUCGUAUCGCGCCGCGCUCCGGUCUUGCCGCCAAACACUCGAUCGACACGGGUGCCGGCGUCAUUGACGUCGAUUACCGCGGGCCUAUCAAGGUCAUCCUCUUCAACUUCUCGGACGCCGACUUCUCCAUCGCGGCUGGCGACCGUAUCGCCCAGCUCAUCCUUGAGGAGGUGCGUCUGGCGCCCGCUGUUGAGGUCGAGGACCUCGACGUCACUGAGCGCGGCGAGGGCGGUUUCGGGAGUACUGGCGGCUUUGGUGGCGCUGCUCCAGCUCAGUAG